AUGGAGAGCAACAAGGACGAGGCGAAGCGCUGCCUCGCGAUAGCCCGCAAGCACAAAGAGGCGGGGAACUUCCCCUCUGCACUCAAGUUCUGCCGGAAGUCAGUGGCGCUCUUCGAGACCGACGAAGGCCGCAGCCUGCUCAAAGCCGUAGAAGCCGCGAUGGGCUCGUCGUCAGAGGACGCACCCACGACAUCGUCUUCAACUUCGACAGAGACGCACCCCUCAGCAAGUGGAGCCCGACACCGACAUACAGCUGCACCGUCAAGUAGCGGUUCCAGCAAAUCGAAUGGCACGGCUGGUGGAAUGAACGGAGAGAAGCGGGACUAUACUCCGGAGCAGCAUGGUGUGGUGAAACGGGUUAGGGCAUGCAAGGUCACGGAGUACUACGAAAUUCUGGACUUGAAGAAGGAUUGUGAAGAGGCGGAGAUCAAGAAGGCAUACCGCAAGCUUGCCCUGGCUUUGCAUCCUGACAAGAAUGGCGCACCCGGCGCUGAUGAGGCGUUCAAAAUGGUAUCGAAGGCAUUCCAAGUACUUUCAGACGCAGACAAACGUGCCGUGUAUGAUCGAAGUGGAGGGGAUCCCGAAGAUCGUUAUGCUGGGAUGCCUUCUCGUGCUUCAGGCUUCCGCGGAGGACCAUUUGGGAACGGGAACGGAAUGGCCUUUGAGUCUGAGCUCAGCCCCGAAGACUUGUUUAACAUGUUCUUUGGUGGCGGCGGCAUGGGCGGUGGCAACGUCCGUGGAUUCCAGUUCGGCGGUCCUGGUGUUUUCACUGCUUCGUUUGGGCCGGGAGGUUUCCGGACAACAGGCGGGCGAGCACACCACCAUCAGCAUGCCCAGCAAAACAACGAGCGCGCCGAGCCUCGGAACGUCUUCCUCCAACUCCUCCCCCUCUUCGUUCUCUUCUUCAUAUCAUUCUUCUCCUCCCUCCCCUCCCUCUUCUCCUCAUCACCGUCCCAAGCCCCCGAUCCCCAUUUCUCCUUCAACCCGACCCAACGCUACUCAGUACAACGGUACACAUCUAAGUACGGCGUAGCGUACUGGGUCGAUCCCAAAGAGUUCUUGAGCCACCCAACCAUCGGUCCAGAAUUAGCUAAGAGCGGAGAGACGCUGACCAAGUGGCUAGACGAUUUGAAGCAGUGGAAGGAAUGGGAGCUUAGGGAGGAGACGGCCGAUCUCAGGGCUGACCAGGAAGCCGAAGCGAAAGAAGAAAAGGCAAAGACCAACGUCGUAGAUCCCAAGAACACGCCAGAAAACAGAGCCGUUCGCAGAGCCGUAAAAGCCGCCAUGCGUCGACAGCAACGCGUUAAGAGCAUCCCUCGUCCUUCAUUACCUACGUUAUCGCGAUUCGAAGCGUCCGUAGAGCGCAUUUACUCAGAGGACCUCUACGCCCAAUGUAGACGCGUCGCGGAGCGCAAGGAGCGCAGAAAAGACUCUGAAGUAGGUAUCUUCGGAAUCGGCGCCGACUGGGACAAGGUGCGGCGGAUUGAAGCAGAGGCGAUAGAAAGCUGCGAGAUUCUACGUGGUUUGGGUAUCAUACGAUGA